AUGUCUGAGCAGGACUGGGCAGGUAUAGUGUCCAAGUUACAGCAAGACUUGAGACGGGAACAUUGCCAGCUUCGAUUGGAUGUCCGUGAUUUUCGCUCCUUCCAGGCCGCUCUCGAUGAUGCAUGCAAAACAUACGCCAAAGAUGGCACUACGCGGCUGAUACGUGACAAGAUCACGCCGCAGCUGCACCAUCUACAGUCAUUUGAGAAGGCCAUCGCUAGCAGCGCUGGCAAAGUUCAGGCAGCCUCGUGCCUAUGGGCUUUGUCCCAGGCCGUCAUUACAUGCACUUGCCGGUUUUCGAGCCGGGUCGAUGCCACGUUGAACCAGCUCGGGGGGUUCUACGAAACAAUCCCCCGCUUUGAGGCUUACCUCGAGCUGUUCCAUGACGAACCGAGCCUUAAGUAUCGCGUACGAGAUUUGUAUGUCGAUUUUAUCGAUUUUUCGGUCGUGACAAUACAAUUCGUCAACGAGAAGCCAUUCAAGCAUAUAAUCAAACGUUUCGUUACUUCAAAGUCUGAUCGCCGACUACAAGAAAUCCAAGACAGGUUCUUCGAGCACUGCACAAGCCUGGACAAAGAGGUGGAGCGCAUUCACAUACAACGCUCAGAACUGGCCCGCAGGAAAGCACAGCACGGGUCUUUAAGCAUGCCGGGGGCGCCUGAGCGCUCAAACUCCAGGGGGCGUCUCAGUGCAUCCAAUGCCGCCUUAAAGCUCAAUGGGCCACGUAAAAACGGCAGAUUCGUUGGCAGAGAUGAUAUGAUGGGGCAACUGCACGACUGGUUCAUGGUCGACAGAAAACUCCCAAGCGAGCCAGUGUCGUGUGUACUGGCUGGAAUGGGGGGCAUCGGAAAAACCCAAGCUGCUCUCAGAUACCGAGACUUGUAUGCAGACGAGUAUGACUUCAUCUUUUGGGUCACUGCAGAGACCCAAAGUAAGCUCAUAACCAGCUUCAGCCUGAUUGCACAUAGGGGGAAGCUUGAGGACCUUGCUGGCUUAGAGGACGAAGCCCUUGUAUCCAAGUCAAUGAUUUGGCUUCAGGAAACAGAACAAAGCUGGCUUCUGAUAUUUGACAACGUCGAGACAACUGAGGAGACCAGAAACGAAUUCGAGUCAUACUGGCCGACCAGCGCUCGAAAGAAAUCAGCAAUUAUCCUCACCACCCAGCAAUCAGAUUUCCAACACAUGGCCACGCACUGCGUGAGAGUCGGAUCCCUACCGGCAGAGGAAGGCGCAAAAGUUCUUCUUGACUCACUUUAUGCCGAUAAGCAACCAUCAGAUGAGGAGACUGAGGCAGCCAUCGCCCUUUCAUCGGAUGUUGGCGGGCUACCACUUGCCGUGGCGCACAUAGGAGGCUACAUUUCAGGCUCAGGAUAUACGCUCGCACGGUUUCGGGAAACAAUUCAGCAUACCUACUCACACGUUUGGACUGCAGACCCACCGUCGUCCGUUCGCGACUGUGAGAAGCGUCUUGCAGUAGUUUGGGAUUUUGCACUAUCGCUUCUCAGUCCAAACGCCUAUAUUCUGAUCUGUAUUCUAGCCUUCCUGAAUCCAGACAGCAUUCCCGAGGAUAUGCUUCUGGGCGAGCUCAGGCAAAGUGGAGGCUUAUGGGACUUGAAGUAUGCCAAGGCCGAAAUUUUCUUAAUGGACAUGGUACAUCAGUUGGCACAGCGGUGUCUGGUUUCCAGCGAGGAUCCAGGUACUGGAACCCCCUACCUUACGAUUCAUCGCAGCUUGCAGCAAGGCCUUUUGCAAAAGCUUAAUGGGGACGUUUUGAAACGGUCAGAAAUCUUUGAGGGCGUCGUACGUAUUGUGAGGAGAAUCACGCCCUCAGCAUCACCUAUCCAGGUUCCGACACCUAAAGAGUGGCCGCACUUCAAUGUUGCUGUCCCUCAUAUCGUCACUCUGGGUCUGGCAUUCUCGUUGUUCAAGCCCCCUAUGCAGGGAUCGCUCCACUUCGCCAGAUUACUCUAUGACGCGGGUUUCAACAUGUGGGAGAGAGAGCGGGUGCUUGACGGCAAGCAGCUGCUUGACUUGGCCGAGCGCGUGCUCACAGGCCAGGGUAAAACUGGAAGCGAUAGGCUUCAGGCCGAUAUACAUGCCAUUCAAGGCAUGUUUGUCGACAGUAGUGGCGGAUUAGGGCGCGAUGAAGGGCUAAGGAGACGACAACAGGCCAUGAAGUUACGCCGCGAAGCGGUUCAGGCAGCUCGGAAGCGAGGCCAGUCGCUAAGCAAGGAUGAAACCAUUCUCGAGAUGAACGCUGUAAACGAUUACGCAUACUGUUUACUGCAAAGCAACAGAUACGCCGAGGCCGAGCCGUUGUUUGAAGAUUGCUACGCAGCCUACCAAUCUUGGGGGACUGAAAAGGACACACCCUUCGAGUAUAGCAAAUACUUCCACAACAUGGGCACCGUUCGCAUGUUCCAAGGUCGAUACAACGAGGCCGUCAAGUAUAUGGCAAGGGCAGUCUCCCUUACAGAGGCGGCCAUGGGGGAUCAAAGGACUUUCAAGGUGCUGCGAGAUACAUACAUGUUCGCGUGCAUUCUUCUUCAGGCCGGCCACGAGCCAAGAGCAUACGAGCUACAUGAGCAAGUCAUGAAGGAGAGAGAAAGUCUUUCCGGAGAGCACAGUGAGAUAACGCUGGAAAGCUAUUAUGCCCUGGGGGCCGCCUGCGACUGUCUUGGCGACCUCAAAGGCGCCAGAAAAUGGCUCCUUACCAGCGUAGAGAGGGCCCCAAAGUCCAAAUGGCAUAAGAAGUCGGUCGGCAGGGCGCAGCUACAUCUUGCCAAGGUCCUGACGUCUCUGAACGUCAACCUCAACGAGGCCAAGAAGUACGAAUCGGCCGGGUCUGACAUGUUGCGAAGCCUUGACUCGGAGAUUCCCGACUAUAUAAGAUACUGUGGGGACCCCAUUGCCAUAUACGACUCGCUUCACGGAUUCUCAGAGGGCAGGUUCACGGGCAGAAACCUGCUGCGUAUCAUUCAGUCGGGGACAAUAUAA